AUGCCUUUGAUGACCGGACUUUUUCUUCUAAUGGUGCUGAUUGCAUCUGCAUAUGAACUGGAUCAGAACGAGUCGUAUUCACCCAGAAGAGCACGAUUUUCUGCAAAUACCCCUUGUAAGUAACAGUCUCUCUUACAAUACAGCAUGUUUUUGAGUGGAUGCGGUGUUCGCACGGAUUUGUAUGGAUUAUUACUAUUACGUUGUAUACACAGUAUGGGGGAAUGUUUGCUAUUACAUGAUAUGCUGCUCUGUUUCCAAGUGAACGCCUUGAUCGACAGACUACCGAAUAGCUCCAACAUAGCCUAGGCUACUCACCGUGCUUUACCGGUGUUUUACCGGCAAGGGAUGAGCGUGAGCUUCGCGGUGACUGACACCUGUUUGUGAAAAAGCUGUAGCCUACCAUCAUGAGAUGUUGAAUAAAUUGUCUAUGAACGAAUGGUCUUUGAAUUUAUGGUUGUGUGGGUUGCUUAAACACGAGAUGACUGACCGGAGGAUAGAACAUGAGAAAGAUCAUCAGAUUAAUAUUCAUUUUAAGAGAGAUUAGUUGAUACAGGGGAGCCCACUUGUGUGGUUCAAUGCAUCAAUUGUUAUGUAUUUGGUCACUGUCUUUACAGCAUUAUAAAACGAUUGUUUUGCUUAUACAUUGUUUGUGUCAGUUAGCCUACUCUACAAGUAAUUUUGUAAAUGUCAUACGUUAGUCUACCUGCAAUGUUGUUUUACGUACUGUUUAAGCUUUUUCUAACCACCAAAUGAUCUACAGGUGUUUGGAAACAACUAUGACCAUCAUAUUUGAAAUGUAUUGGUAUUCUUCCAAGCAGUCACCAGUGUAAUGUAUUGAUAGUACUAUUGCUGUAGGCAAAAACAAAUACCGACUUGUGCGUGGUGGCAUAGGCUCCGCCACUGCACCCACCUGUAGCUACUGGCUACCGGCGUCUUGACAGGAUCAAUGAAGCACCUAAUACCGGAAGAAACGUGAAGGAAGUAGGGCUUUCUAGGUGACCGCAAAGAGGGUGGGGACAUUAGAGUUUCUUUGGUGAAAGAAUGCUGGCCAUUGGCCAGGGAUGAUAUCCAGAUUCGAAGACUCAUAGGGCACAAGGUGUCGCGCGACGUGCGUCCCCUACUCAAGCAGUAGGCUUGCUUUAUCUCCCUUUUCAAUGGUUUGCCAACUGUAACUGCCGAUAGUAUUCCCGUGCAAUUACUAAAGUGAAAAUAACAUAUUUCAACCGAGCACGGCCCCUGAAAAGAGGAAAGCUGUUGUAUAGCAUGAUAAAAGCCAUGGCCUAGGUCUACAUUGCAGUGGGCUAUUCACCACCAGGCAUUCCAUUCUGUUUACAUUGGUUGCCAGAGGGAUGGAGUAAAUGCUCAUGCACUCUAUUUCCAAAAUGUGUAUGAGAUAUGAAAAAGUCACUUCUAUUAACAGGCCCAUAAAAUUAGCAGACCAGUGAAAGCCAGGCCCAUGUUCGGAAAUAUGAGUAUGAAUGAGGUGUUAUCUCUGUGAUCUCCUUAAGUCAUUAUUGUUAUUUCAGUUAAAUCCAAUGCAUUGGUUAUAUCAGACUAAGUAUCUGCAGCAUGGGCCUCCUUGGUCUUGCCAAUAAGAGAUACUGAAGGAGUGUGUAUCUGUUGAAAUAUCAUUUAUUUAUUUAUUAAUUCUCCCAUGACCUGAGAGAAACAGUGGUGGGACAGUUCCAUUCCGAUUCAUUGCUGAUUUGCUAGUUCAUUACAGGGUGGGCUGGACCAAAACAUUUCAAUGAGUGAGAGUGCAUCCAUCUGUGGCAUACAGUACAUCAGCUCAUUGUUACAAUUGCUGUAUGCUGUUUACCAUGAACUUGUCUUAGUCUUACUAAAUGGACAAUAGAGGCAUUCAUUGGAAGACAUUUAGGGGUUUUCUGGUUACUUUAGAUCUUUGUCAGAGUAGUUUACACAGCUGUGUAUGUCAGCUUGCUCUUUAAAAUUAAGUCUGAGGCAAUAUUUAUGUAAAAUAUGAACAUUAGGUCUAUUUAUGAGGAAUGAGGCAGUGACUCAGGCCAGGGUACAUGACUGUACUGUUAAGUGUGCACAGUGUCAGAGGUGGUUUGGCACACCUUCUAAUUGAGCAUGUUACUGUCUUGUUGCACGUGAGGGUAAUGGAAACAAGGGGUCUUGUGCCAAAAGGGACAGUCAGCAGAACCUGAUCCUGAAUAGGCAACACUCACCACAGUGUAUGUAUAUGUGUGUGUGUGUUUGUGUGUGUGUGUGUGUGUGUGUGUGUGUGUGUGUAUGAAUAUGUUUAUCAUGCCAUGACUCCUUUGGGUAUUUUUGGUGUAGUUGGUCACAAGUCUGUUCCAAGAACCAAAAUGCUAGAAUAUUCAUAAAAUUAUUUGCCAGGAAGAGGAAAUGUAAUUAUGCUAAAUUGUGAACCAGUCUUAAAAAGUUUAAAGUGUCCAGUGAGCUGUCAAGUUGUAAUUUGUCUGAAUAAUUAUGAUCUCAGCAUUGAAUCAGCUUUGCAUGUAAAUUAUCACAACCAAAACAGACUGAUUAUCUUUCCAUUCUUGUUGAGAGCUAUAUGAUAGCCUGCCCCCUGCUAAUGGUCCUUUCCCUCUCUGAGUCUACAGCUGACGUGGCACGCUGUCUGAAUAGUGCCCUCCAAGUAGGCUGUGGAGCCUUCGCAUGUCUGGAGAACUCCACGUGUGACACAGAUGGCAUGCACGACAUCUGCAAGUCCUUUCUGUACAGUGCAGCUAAAUUUGACACUCAGGUAUGGUAAUUCUUCCUCUCUUUUCAAAUCUGACACAGUAUGUCGCAGUAGAUCAAACCUGUUAACUGAAGUUAAGUCAUGUUUUUUGAUAUGACUGUGAUAUUAUGUGGUUUUGUGCAGGGCAAAGCCUUUGUGAAAGAGAGCCUCAAGUGCAUUGCCAAUGGCAUCACCUCCAAGGUGUUCCUCACCAUCCGCCGCUGCUCCACCUUCCAAAGAAUGAUCUCAGAGGUUCAGGAGGAGUGCUACAGCAAGCUGGAUAUCUGCACUAUCGCCCGCACCAAUCCAGAUGCUAUUGGAGAUGUGGCACAGCUCCCAAGACACUUCCCCAACAGGUUUGUUCCUAGCAAACCUGUGUCAAAGGGCUUCCAUUUCAGUUUUUUUGCUUUAUCUUAAUACAACAAAAGCUAUGUAUUUGAUACACUAACUCUGCUGAAGCAAAUACAUUUCAGUGGGCUCCUAAGACAUUCGAUAAAAUUGCAACAACAAAAAAAAGAACUAACACUCACACUUUACUACUUUAUUGAGGAAAAAUGUACUUACUAUGACUGAGAUAUGUGGUUGCUCCACCUAGCUAUCUUAAGAUGAACACCCUAACUGUAAGUCGCUCUUGAUAAGAGUGUCUUCUAAAUUGCUUAAAUGCUUUAAAAAUAUAUAUACAUAUAUGCACCAUGCAGAAAUCGCUCCACCAUUUCCUGGUUGCUAAAAUUCUAAUAGUUUGCCUAAUUUUAGUUUAAGUGACAAAACAAGCAAGUGUAAUGUAGAUUGUACCAUCUAAACCACUGUGAAAUAUAUUUUCCAUAACCCAAAAUAUUGUAUAUUCAGCUGUUUGAAGCUGGUAUACAAAACCAAAAGUAAAAGACAAAUAUUAAACUUAAAAAACGGGAAGCAUAGAAAUAGCGCACAUAGAACAGAUCUGCCUCUUCUUAGACUUGCUUUCAAUGAGAAUGACAGAUCUAUAACUGACAUUUCUAUGUGAAUUUUGUCGGGUCACCCAAGAAGUUACACAUUGCAGCUUUAAAAUUAAAAUAAAAAAUUACAGCAACAAAAAUACAUGAAAGCUGCAUCCUCUUGCAGGUUUUACGGUAAGCUCCUCCAGAGCCUGAUGGACUGUGAUGAGGAGACUGUGGACCUGCUGAGGGCCAGUAUGGUGUCCAGGCUUGGCCCAGAGAUGACCAUUCUCUUCCAGCUGCUGCAGAACAAGCCCUGCCCCUCGGUUGCUGCUGCUGCUGUUCCAACUGGAGUGGAGGGCCGUGGGAGCUUGCGGUUGUCCAUGGGUCCACACAUGUAUAAGAUCCAGCCUGGUCUACGCAACAGAGACUCUGCCAGCCAUUUUAGCAAGAAGCGUGCCACUGGUGACAGCUCCUAA